UCGUUUUGUGCAUAGGUGGGAAGCCUGCGUUUGUAUCCGCGUAAUCUUUUAAGUUCCGGUGUGCGCCGGCAACAGUUGAUCAAUUAAUUUACAAUUAUGAAUUGGCUGGAUUCGCGCGUGUUUUACGAGCACGGCAACUGUCGACAGUACGAUUACAUUCUAAAUCACUACAGCGACGCGUUGGACCUCAAAUGUGAAGCGAAGAAGAAACCGGCGGAGUUGAAGAAGCUGGAUAACUGGUUUCAAAAAGAACUUCCAGGAAUACUGAGUGAACGCCUUCCGGACAAAUACUUCUCUCACGACGAAAUAGUUCAGUGCAUGCGAUGGAAAUUAGUGAGAGGCAAGUUUCGCCCCGGACUGAAAGAACUGGUGCAGAUGAAUACACCACGUGUUGUUCUAAAUGAAACAAAAAAGGCGUAUCGUCAACUUACCAAGAAGGACGACUUACAGAGUGCUAUCCAAGCUUUAAGCAACCUGAAGGGUGUCGGCCCAGCUUUCGCGUCAGCGAUACUGGCUGCCAUGGCUCCGGAAAAGAUCCCAUUCAUGGCUGACGAAUGUCUCAUGGCGAUCUCAGACGUCGGGUCCAUCGAUUACACUGUGAAAGAAUACUUGCAGUUCGUCGAGCAGAUGGUUGCGGUUUGUGAAAGGCUCAACAAACAAGCCGGUUCUGACUCCUGGAACCCACACCGUGUGGAAAUGGCUUUAUGGGCGCACUACGUGCUCGCGGACGCGAGUUCUCCAAUCCUCAACGAACUCGACGAGCUCGCCAAGGUGUCGCCCUUGUCUCAGGAAAAGGUGAAUGGAAACGGAACAACGGUGUUUGAAGAGGAAGACGACUCGCGAAGCUCUGUGCCUGGCGCCGAGGAAAACGGGACAGCGGAAGCAUCAUCUGCAUCGUCUGUGGAUGACGAGUCUUCGUCUGACGACAUUCACGCCGUCAAGGACUUGAAUGGCGAGACUAGCAAUGACAGUGGAGUGAAGCGGGAUGAGGUUGUCGUCGAAUGUGAUUCCGGAGAGCCGGAGACGAAACGCGUCCGACUAGAAGAAGAUGUUCCACCGCCAGUGGCUUAAUCGCGUCCUUUUUUUUUCGGAUCGUAGCAUCUCGCGAGGGUUUCUCGUUAUGAUUUUGAAUUUUUCGUUUCCUUUCGAAAUGGGGCUGGAAAAGAAGAAUAAGAAACGAAAUCCUUGCCGAAAAGUGGACUCUGGAAGCUUGCCGAGAAAUGAGAGAGGAGAAACUAUCGCGCGUGCGGUUACGUUGGGAAAAGAGCCUCGAUUCUUCUGAUCUCUUCUGAGGUUGUUCAUAUAUAACUCUUCCUUGUAAAGUUUAUUUAUUUUUUAUUUUAUCCUGGGUUUGUUUCCCCGGAAGACUGACCGAAACUCCUUUGGCAACCCCCUUUUUUUGAGAGGAGAAUUUCGAAAAGGUUUCUGCUCUGCGGAUGGAAAAUUUUUGACCAAUCCCUGAAAGCUCUUCUGACUUCGGAUCUUCAUUCUUAGUUUUCAAACGAGAGUUUAUUCAAAACCAUUUUUGUUCAAGCGCUUGAGUUCGGGGAGAGGAAGGGUUUAAGGAGGAGCUCUGACGAGUCCUUUGUUGCUCUAUUUCGUCUCGACUUGGGCAGUUGAACAUCAAUAACUUGAGCGUUCCUGUUCUGAAAUAUUUUCAAAGCGCUGUCUGAAUUUCCUUAAAAGCAAUGUAUGAAAACAGUUUCAACUCAUGACUCUCCCCUCAGACCUGUAUAAUUAGAAUUUUCUGGAGGCAUUUUGUCUGUUAAUUUUGUGACGCCGGAAGGAAAAAAAGUAUUGAAGAAUUAACUGGAUGCUUUUUAGAAUGAAGUGAAGAAAUGAGGGGCAAAUUAUCCCUUGCCUCCAAGUUCAACGUUCAGUCAGUUUAUUUACGACGCGGUUUUGGGCAAUAAAUAUCGAUGAUUUCAUCUUUCUUCCAUUUUUUGAGGCAGAAAUGGUAAUUCCCUAAUUCAAAACCGUAAGGAGGAUUAUUUUGCUGAUCCCUUCAAAUUUUACCUGAAGAGGCUUAACUAUCGUUUUUUUUAUGGUUAGAGAAAGAGCUUCAUUCUGCAGAACGUACGUAAUAUGAAUAAAUUAUACUGCGUUGCUAAAUUGGUUGACUUGCGAGAAAUUGAUUUAAUCCAUUUGUCUUUUUUUUUCAUGUUAGGAUUUCUUGCGAAGCUUCGCUGGCUCGUUGUUACCACGACUUUUGUUUCUUGAUGAUGAAGACGCUUUUGGGGAAAUUAUUUUUCCAGUCAUGCUAUUCUUCAGUCGGUCUUCAGGGGGUGAAAAACAAUUUAUAUCUCGUUUUGGUUGAAGAAAAAAAAAGUGGAAAAUGCCCACGGAGACGCGGGAAUUUUUCCGCCGAGGCUUUUGUUGAAUACUUCAGUUGCAUUUAGCAUUAAGCAAUCAAGGAGAAAGAGAAAAAAACAAACAAACAAAUCAAUCCGUUAUACGUACUUUUCGUCAGGCAGGGAGAACGACUGACUCUCACAUUCCGUUGUUGAGGAUUUAAACGAGGAGAAAGCGAUAUUUUUUUGUGAAUCGUGACGAUGGCGGGUGCCUGACUUAGGUGUUGGAAUUCUCUCACUUCAUCAUUGUAUUUUCUUCCAUGCGAAUUUAUUUCACUUGUUUUUUUUUCGUAGUUCUCUUUUUUUUGUGGGAAUUCUGUCGAGACGCUGUCCUGACUUUGAGUGGCCGUCCCGCGGUGUAUAUUUUAUAUGACGUGUGCCUGAUGACUGAGGAGAACCGUUUUGUUGUUUCGUUUUUUCUCAAUUUAUUUUCCUUGUUCAUGAAAUGGAGGUUAUUUUGUGCAAGGUGUUAUCAAGGAAACAUGCGUAGUUUUUGAUCGCACCUUGUACAGGAGAAUUCAUGCGCUGCUGGACCCACGAAAACGGGAAUAUUUUCGGAAGUUGGAAGCCU